CGUGCGCAGAAGUUGCCAGUCCAAGGAGCCACAAUGGCGUUUGUAGUCUCCUUCAGAUAGGGCUGUGGAUCAUAUUAAAUCCACCAUCAUCGCCCUAAAUAUAGGCCUGGUUGACUCCCAGAGCCAUUGAUAAUAAACUGGAACAUCUACUGCACACGAAAAUAUGAUGAUUUCUAAUCAACAUUGAAUUUAUAGGGGAUAAAAGUUACAUUAAAAAAGGAACAUGUAAACAGUAACAACCGGGUCAAGUUUUCAUUUUGUUCGAGCGUCUUUUAAUGAAGGCACUUGCUUGUUUCUGAUACCAAAACCGUAGUUCUGUGGAAUAAAAAGCCUCCUUUACUUAACUUGGCACCGGACAAGGACAGCUUUCACUAAGGGACUUGAUUUUUUUCUUUUCCUUUUCACGAGCCAGCUCGCUAGCUGGUGAGCUUUAGCUAGCCGUGCUAGCUAAAUAGAUAUGGAAACGACACCACAAUGCUCCAAUGUUUGCCUGGGAUCUUUUUCAUUCACUGACUAACUGCAAGUACAAAGGUUACAGCAGUGGAAAAUCACGGGGGGAAUUUGUCUGCUUUGAGGAACUAUGGAGGCGACCUCGACGGAAUGAAGAGCCGUUGAGGGGGACUGGACGUGAGCGGCCUGGUGUGUAUGUUUCAUGUGUUUUCUUUUGCUGCUUUUGCUUAGUAACACUUCAGUUUUGGGCAUUUGGAGGUAGUCGCUGACCUCCUGUGAAUGAACUGCCGGGACCACCGAGGCCCCAAACGCAGGAGAAGUACCGACGCCGGCGUGAGGUAUGCCUGGGUCGGACCGACACCAUGGGACCAAGAGGAAGUCGGAAUCUAGCGUCGGCGGUGUGUCGCACCAGACCCAGGCCCAUACCUCUGCGGGAGACAUGACGAGCAAAGGUGGCAAGGUGCUGUUAAAAUCUCCAAUGUCCUCUUCAAAACGUAAAAGGCAUAAAACAUCUAAACAUAACCGGUUAUCCUUGGCGGCACCGGGACCUGAAGAUUACACCCUCUGUGAUACUGCGCCUCCUGGUGUCAAUACAUUGAAGCCUUUGGUUGAGUACGACGAUAUCAGCUCCGAUUCGGACACUUUCUCGGACCCACUGCCUACCAGGUCUGCUGAGAGAGGGGGCUUGGACCGUUUGGAGCCGUCGGCAGACUAUGCUGAGGACGAAAUCUCAAGAGAGGGGGGCGAUAAAGGGAACAGGGGGCACAGACAUCCCCGGAAAAAACCCAAGGACCCUAAUAAGAUCACAGAAUCCGGAAACGGGGAACGUGGGUACAAGAAAAAGAGUAGCAAAGACCGCGAGAAAGGGGGUUCUGGUAAGAGCAGAGACAAGGCUGCUCCAUCAGGCUCAUCAUUUAAACGCCAGGUGCAACAAGAAGUUGAGUCAAAACGUGGGGAGUUGAUCAUCUCUCAGGUGCAGCCUGCAGCAAGUGUAGGUAGUACCACCUCCUCCACGUCCUCGUCUCGCAGCAAGGAGAGCAGCCGCUCAGGGAAGACGCGCAAAGACAAGCAGCAGCGCAGAGAAGAUCGAGGGGAGGGCAGUCAAACCUCCUCCCAGAGGAGCCGGGCCGACAGAGGCCACCGGAAGUCCUCCAAGGGCCACAAGUCGAGCCCUAAGGGCAAGUCUACAGGCAGGGGCAGCCCUCGCAGGAAGACCACCGGCUCUGCUUUGUCUCCCAGCCCUAGAAGAACAGCUGGCAGUGAAAGUCCACUGGGCAGUGGAUAUGUUCAGCAGGGAGAUGACGGCUACUCCAGGCGGAGGAUAGCCCAGCACAGCCCCAGUCCCUAUGGGGAUAUGUCUCGCCGCAGCCGACAGAGAUCAGACAGCCCCUAUGGCAGCAGACACCGGUCUUCCAGCUAUGAGAGGGAUAGCAGUCCAUACUCAAGGAGACGAUCCAUUAGCCCUUAUGGUACUCGCAGGUCAUCAAGCACCAGCCCCGUGUCUCGACGCUCCAGGAGUCGCUCCCCUCUGCAAUACUCUUCCUCUCGCCGUUCCUCCUCUCGUUCCCGCACUAAGAGGCAUAUGUCUUCUGGAGCAGGGGCCAGUUCCCACAGCAGCCGGCCAGCUAGCCGCUCCCCUAACUCCUCUCGCCUGCCACUUAACUCGAGCCUGGGGGCAGAGCUGAGCCGCAGGAAGAAGGAGCGCCAGGCUGCAGAGGCGGCUGCUCGCGCCAGUGCAUCACCCCUUCCAUCAGCACGCAAAUCUACUGUCCCAUCUUCCUCACGGCCUGCUAAAAUCGAAACUCCACAGCCAGAAAAAGAGUCUGUGGCAGUGACAGAACCUCAGCCUCCACCACCUGUGCAAUUACCCCAGGAUGUUCCUAAUGCCGAAGAUCAGGUUACUCCGCCUGUGCCCACUUCAUCUUCCUCCUCUCUUCCACCACCUCCUCCGCAGCCCUCUCCUCCUGUGCCGCCUGGUUCUACUACACAGGUUCCACCACCACCACCACCACCACCACCUCAGACAGAAACAACUACCCAGCCACCUCCGCCCUCCACCACAUCUAAGGCCAAAUCGCCAGCUCCAGUUCCCUCACGCAGCCCUGCUAGACCGACUCCUCUCCACAAAACAUCAACUCUGCCCCCGCUGCCUUUACCACCUGCACUGCUGGGAAACACUCAGGACAGUCCAAAGAAGUCCACUCCUCCUCAAAGGCAAUCCAGGAAGGACAGGGAGAAGGAAGUCCGCAGCCGGCCAUCACUCAUCGACCUACCUUUGCCACCCACCCUAACUGGGAGUGACGCUUCACCCCCACAGUCCCCCAUAUGUCCACCUCCUCCGCUGCCCCAGUCAGCCCUUAAGAAGAGACCAAAGAUUUGCUGCCCACGGUAUGGUGAACGCAAACACACCCAGAGUGACUGGGGGAAGCGCUGUGUGGAUAAAUUUGAUAUAAUUGGCAUCAUAGGGGAAGGCACCUAUGGUCAAGUGUACAAAGCAAAGGACAAAGACACUGGUGAGCUGGUAGCUCUGAAGAAAGUGCGUUUAGACAAUGAAAAAGAGGGAUUCCCAAUCACAGCCAUCAGAGAGAUCAAGAUCUUGCGGCAGCUCAAACACCGCAGUGUUGUCAACAUGAAGGAGAUUGUCACCGACAAGCAGGAUGCACUUGACUUCAAAAAGGACAAAGGCGCUUUCUACCUGGUGUUUGAGUACAUGGAUCACGACCUGAUGGGCCUGCUGGAGUCGGGCCUCGUCCAGUUCUCCCACGAGCACGUCCGCAGCUUCAUGCGACAGCUGAUGGAGGGCCUUGAUUACUGCCAUAAGAACAACUUCCUGCACAGAGACAUCAAAUGCUCUAACAUUCUGCUCAACAACAGAGGUCAGAUCAAACUGGCUGACUUUGGUUUGGCCCGGUUUUACAAUUCAGAGGAAAGUCGACCAUACACUAAUAAAGUAAUCACACUAUGGUAUCGCCCCCCUGAACUGCUGUUGGGAGAAGAGAGGUACUCUCCAGCCAUUGAUGUUUGGAGCUGUGGGUGUAUUCUGGGAGAACUCUUUACAAAAAAGCCAAUUUUCCAGGCUAACCAAGAACUUCUACAACUGGAGCUCAUCAGCCGUCUGUGUGGCAGUCCCUGUCCUGCAGCCUGGCCCGACGUCAUUAAACUUCCCCUCUUCAACACCAUGAAACCCAAGAAGCAGUACAGACGGAGACUACGGGAGGAAUUUGCCUUUCUACCUACUCCUGCACUUGACCUGCUGGACCGAAUGCUGACCCUUGACCCUGCACGGCGCUGCACAUCAGAGCAGGCUCUUCACUCUGACUUCCUGAGUGAAGUGGAGCCUGACAAGAUGCCACCACCAGACCUUCCUCACCAUCAGGAUUGUCAUGAACUGUGGAGUAAGAAGAGGCGGCGCGCACGUCAGAGUGGGCUGCCCGAAGAUGUGCCUGUGCCCAAAGUGCCCCGUAAAGAUGCGACAGGGACAUCUAGUGGAGAGAACAGUCGGCCCCAAUCGAGCCCAGCUGCAGCCCCUCCCCCUCCACCAGGAAAACCACCCUCCACAGCAAACUUAGAGAGUGAGUUGUCAGGCCUGGGAGCUGUUGCUGAGCAGUUGAACCAGACAGAGAUGGCAGUGCUGCUGAACCUCCUCCAGGGACAGACGGACCUCAGCCUGCCCCAGGUAGCCCAGCUCCUCAACCUCUCCAAUCCAGAGACUCUCAGCCAGACGCUGUCUGCCCUCAGUGAAGCAUCCGACCACCAGGGGGCUCAAGAGGACCAGGCCCCGGCUGCUGCAAGGCCCCAGCCCCCAGAGCCGCCUCCUGAACCCCAGGAGCCUUCACCGACAUCUGGAGACCCGCCACUCAGCCAGGAAGACCAAGCAAACCUGCUGGCUCUCAUUUUGAGUCAGAUCAUUAAGCCUCAAACCGAGGAGGAAGCUGAUGAGAGCAAUGGCGUCCAAUCAGAGGAGGCACUAACGCGCGGUUCAUCCGCCUCUACUACUGAUCGCAAGGAUGGAGCCUUGCCGAAAAGGAAACAGCUUGCCGCCAAAAAGGUGCCUCCAUCCAGUGAGCAGCGUCCACCUUCUCCACCUGGGCCACCUCCAUCCACCCUUCUCCUUGGAAAUGCUCAGCAGGACCGUCCGGAUACCCAGCCCAGCCAGGACAUCAGUCCUGCGGUUGCAGCCGCCUUGCUCCAGCUCAUCUCUCAGCAGGACUCAGAAGCCGGGGGCUCGCAGCACAGAAAAAUCCCCUCUCCGGCUGUGGACACUCUGGCCCGGGGAAGGUCCCCGCCACCUUGGGCAACAGACUCUCCACCUAAAACGUCUGCUGCAGCUGAGGCCCCAGCAGAACUGGUGACUGCUGCUGCUCCCACCACCACCACCACUGCACAGUUCCCCAAGGACCAGGACCUCCGUUUUUCCCAUGGAGCUGCUCGCUGACGCUCACAUCGCUGCUGAGAUGGAACCAGGUAACACGAGAUGAGUCCAGCAACUGUUGAAGACUAAAGUGAAAGACGGGGGGGGGAGUGUGCAGGUAGUAGAAGUUGAUUUGAAGAUUCUGAAUGUCUGAAGGAAAGAGAUGAAGGGCUUUUUCAGGUAUGGCCAUGAACACCACUGCCCUUUGAACAAGCUGUCGUGUUGUUUUGCUGGGAGUGUUGGGACCUGGGGUUGGUCUGACCUUAAACGGCCCAGUUAAGGACAGUCACCGCCUGCAAAUCCCUUUUCUCUUUCCUCUCCACUGAAGGUUUUGACUUAUAUGAAGUUUAUCCUCCAAACUGAGUGCCAUUCAGCCGCCGGCACCCCGCUUUGAAAGCAACUGUGAUCUCUGAUUUCUCUGCUUUAAACAAAUGAUUGUUGUGUCCACUGCAGUACCCACUGUUAACAAGGUUAUUAGUGUUUUUUUGGGGGGGGGAAUAUCGUCAUUGUCUUCCCCUCUGUGAUGGAGUGGCGACUAUGACGGUGUUGUUGAGUGCAAGCUGAAGCUGAAAUGAAAUGAGUUGUUAGAUAUAAGGCAGUGGAAGAUGCAGGUGCACCUUAUGUGCUGGUGAGCUCCCCUGCUUUCUGCUUGUGCCUCCUCCUGUGACCCCAGCAACCCCUGAAUGAUCUUGGCCUAGGGGGGGUGUUUUGGGUUAAAAUUUCUGCUUUUGAUGGCACCUACAACAGUGUACAUCUGCAGGGACUGCACAUUUAUUAUUUUUUACCCAAAGUCUAUUCCAUGAUGUACUGUAUAUUCCAUCUGCUAUCAGUCCGGCUGAACUACAACAUGUCGCAUACAUAUAGGAAACCUCUCUGUCGUAACAAAACCUGAGCCUGUAGUGAUCCAUGUUAAUGUCUGAAAUUUAAAUUACACUACUACAUUUGUAACACAUGCUAUUCUGCAAGGUGAAGUGUAAAACUAGAAGGAAACAUACACUCAGAAACUUGACUCAAAGCCUCUUGUAAAGUGUCUGCCCGUCGCCCUCCCUGCCAAGUUGUGCAUCAGAAGCUUUUUUUUUCCUUUUUCUUGGUGCGAUUAUUUUCUACAUAAAAGAAUGAUACUCGCUGAAAAAAAAAAAUGACAACGGUCCACACUUCUGUUUCCAUAUUUUGCUUUGGAAAAGGAAAGUUAGGGGGAAACUGGUAUCUGUAAAAAGAAAAAAAUAUUUUGUAAUAUGUGUAUUCUUGGUUCAGUUUAAUUAAAGGAAGCUGUGUGACCAGUUGAA